AUGGCGACGGGCCGCGGCGCGGCCGCUGGUGCCGCCGGGCCCAGAAAUAGGUCGAGGAGCUUCGCUGCCAGGCCUGGGGAACGUUCUGACGCUGUAAAUGCUGGGAUUAAAAGCCUGUGUUUGACGCCUUCCACGAGCCCGAAAGCUGGUCUGUGCGUUGAGAGCCUGCCGUCAGAAAUGCUGCUGAAGAUCUUUUCCUAUUUGGAUGCUGCGUCCCUGCUGUCUGUGGGUUGUGUGAAUAAGCACUUCUGUCAUCUGGCCAGCGACAAUGGCAUCUGGCUGAAAAUCUAUUCCAGUUGUUUUCAACCAAAAAGGACAAUUUGGAAGAUGAAAUCGGAACAAGCAGAAACUGUUUCCCUGGGCUGUGCUGCUCUGCCUGAUAGAAAGCCUGGGUACUGGAAGAAAGAAUACAUCUCCAAACAAAUAACUGCUGUCAAAGCCAGAGUAAUGCGACUUGUUAAACCUGUAGAUCCUUAUACAGGUCUUCCACGUAAAACCAAAGAAGCUGUGAAAGCCUCUGGCUUGAGUUGGAUAAUUGUUCUGGAGGACAAAAGUGGAAUGAAACACGUAAUGGAGAAGGCAAAGCUGUCGUUUAAGGAGGCAUCUGUUACUGUGCUUUGGUACAGUGCAGACUGGCCGUGCUUGGGCAUCCUGACCACCCUGAAGCUCUUCGGGGUUACGCCGCUGCUGCCUGCCCACAGCAGAGCUCCCAGCAGGAGCGGACCUCGUCGACGUUCCUUAGUUGCUGAGUACCAUCUUGCUGACCUGACUGCAGGUAGUGCAGCAGUUGGUGCUGAUAAGCUCGUCCAGCUCUUCAGCCUGGAUCCGGGACUCUUAGUAGGACUUUGGAAGGAGGAAAAUGAAAUUGCUUUUGUUAUGGCGAGCCUUCAUUAUCAUCAACUUCUCGAGAGGAGCACUUUGGGUUCUGCUACUGCUCGGUACGCCCUCCCGCCUCGCCAGCCUGUGGGGGAUGAUGUUGACCCGGAAUACGGGCUGCAUGGCUACAGCCUGCAUCUCGAUGUGCACGGUGGGAGCUGCACCUCCCUGUGUGGGACGUUCAGGAGCCUCUUCUGCAGGAAAGGUGACAUUGCAGAUGGGUAUUUGAAGCUCACAGUUGUAAGCUUGAAGGACAACACGAAGCACUUGCCUCUUACUGGGACUCUUGGCUUAGCCUGGGAAACAGAUGUGUUGAAAGGCAAUGUGAAGGACUGCUGCCUGAUGGAUGUUACUCUCUUGGAUGAAACUGGAAAGCCCUUCUGGUGUUUCAGUGCCUCGGUUCACGUGAAACUGUCUUCCAAGGCGUCCGGCCUUUAUGACUACACGGGUCCCAUCUACACCACAGACUAUGCGGAUUCAGAGGGUAAAGUCUGUGCUGAGCUGGUGUGGUUGGAGGAAACCAAGGAGUAUUUUUUGGUCGGGUUGGUCCUUUAUAUAAGCACCACAAAGGUAAAUAACUGGUAUGGAACAGAUUACUGA